AUGGAGAGAGGGUUUGAUAGAAGGUACAUAAAGAAAGGACCAUGGAGCAGAGAGGAAGAUGAGGUGCUCCAGGAGCAUGUUAACAAGUAUGGUGCAAGGGAUUGGAGCUCCAUUCGAUCCAAAGGCUUGUUGCCUCGAACUGGAAAAUCUUGUCGCCUUCGAUGGGUUAACAAGCUUAGACCAAACUUGAAGAUAGGGUGCAAGUUUACGGAAGAAGAGGAGAAGUUGGUAAUAGAGUUACAAGGGCAAUUUGGGAACAAAUGGGCAAAAAUUGCUACAUAUUUGGAAGGAAGAACAGACAACGAUGUAAAGAAUUUCUGGAGCAGUAGGAGAAAGAGGAUAGAGAGGAUGUUGCGGAAGCCAUCAAUAACUUCGUCAAAGAUGCAAAACAAAAACAAAGAAAAAGUCCCUCUUAGUCAAGUACAAUUUGAAGAGGAUAUUUCAUGCAGCUCCAAUAAGCCAGAGGAAAAUAUCCCCUGUGGAAACUACCUUCCUUAUUACACUGCUCCCUACAUGGGAAACACUGAAGAGUUCAAAAUGGUCAACCUACCAGAUUUGACAAAACCAAACCACCAAAAUUUGGAAAGUGACAUCAACACUUCUUCUCAGGCUUUUGAGGCCACCCCACUCCAUGUGGUACCUUCUUUUGAGUCUUCAACAACAGAGUACACAUUUCCUCAAAUCCCAAAUGAACCACAACUGGAAUUUCCAGUGUUUCCAGAACCAAUUGAUGACCCUUACUUCUUUGAUAUGCUUGAGCAAAAAAGUGUUCAGAACAAGAUUGGAACAACUGUUGGAUUGGAUGGAAAGCCUCAAAAUGAAAGUGCUAAGUGCUUCUUUGAGGACAUCCCAACUGAGAUCUUUGAAUACUUUGACCAUACUCCAACUUCAUCAGACCAAUAA